GAUUGUCUUCGGAGAUGAAAAUGAAUACUCUUUUGAGAGCAUCUUGACGCGGGUGCCGCCCAUACACUACGCUCGAAAGCCCGACGACGAAUUGCGUUGGAUCGCCAAUCUCGCGCAGGUCAAUCAGAGGCUACGGGGACAUUUUCUGGCUCGUCUGUGGGGCAGGAUCAGUCUGUAUCACGUCAAAGAUCUGUAUCUCGUCGAUAAGUUCCUGGCCACUCACGAAAACGUCUACGGGCCCUUGAUCGAGCACAUCCUCUUCUCCUGGCAGGAUCCGGUGAGAGGCAGUGAGCUUGGUGGGGAGGUGUAUAUGAACGAGCAUGGAACGUUCGGUAGAAUGCAAGAUUGGCUCUUUCAAGACAGAUGGGAAUUAAUCAAGAAGGUCGAAUUACCGGAUUAUCGACGAGACUACCCGGACAGGACUGACGAGGAUCUCCUUGAAAUGAUGUACCCUUCUUGGGAUGACCUCAGUCGCAUCACAGAGGGUCCUGACGGAUGGGGCGAUGUGCCCGGCUUCUCGGGUCCAAACGACGUGGCAGACGCGCUAGUGCGAGUAUCCUCGUACGCAGGCAACGUCAAGAUUCUCGACUACAACGAACACUACAUUCCAGUCCCUCCUUCGUUCCUUUCGAAUAUGGAUAAGUUGGAGGAGGUCACACUAUUCUCUGAUAUAAAUCAUCAGGAUGUGCGAGACAGUGCGCUGCUCGAGCUUCCGAACAAUGUCCGACAUCUGGACAUCAUGUAUAUCUUUUGCGCAAAGCCACAAGAGACAUCAAAUACGAGACGGAGACGAGCGUCAUUCCUGUCUUUACGUCGGGAAGGGUUAGGAGUGGCGUAUGUCGACACCGACGAGAAGGCUGACGAACAGGAGCGGAGACUGAGGCUAACGUGCGGUGCAAUCAUAAAGGGAUUGACGGAAGGCUCGCUGCAAUCAGUCAAGGUGUGGGACGCUGAAAUGCUGCGAAUAGCAGAGAUGCUGCCUUGUUGGAUCGCGCUGGACCUACCGAACAAGGGAAAGGAGGACCUCGAAUUAGGUUGGGGAUAUGAAACGACGCGUGCCUUUACCGACUACGGGCGGAAGCCACCUAUCCUGUUCAAUUGCGCUGCCGUGGUCGAUCUCAGAAUCAUACUUCAAGGAUGCGGCUCGGCGAAAGAGGUCCAACAAAGGUGUCAGGAGCAGCGCAAGGCAGCAAAUGACGAGGCUGCAAGUGAUGAGAUUUUCACUGCGGAGAUACUUGCAAAUUGGUUAGCCGAUGACGAGGACCUCUCUUACGCCGUAUAUCAAGGGAUGCAGUGGUCACGCGCGUAGAGGGCAGAUACUUACACGAAAGGGAGAAGGCGCAUUGCACUGUACAGUACAAUACCCGAUUACCUUCCUCUCUGAAGCAGAGUAGUGACAUGAACAUGGUCAACUCGAGACAGAAAUCACUUUCGCAU